GAGCUCACAGCCUGUGAGAGGAGGCUGCCGAGGGCGGGGCAGCGGGCGCAGCGCCCCCGGAAAUCCUAAGCCUGGGACUGAGCCGCUGGAGCAGCGGGUACCUGAAACCGCGGUCAGGUACGGGCCCGCGAGGGCGCUCGGUCCUGGUGGAGGUUCCUUCAGACUCAUCCCCCAGAUGGCUCAGUGGGAGAUGCUACAGAAUCUUGACAGCCCAUUUCAGGAUCAGCUGCACCAGCUCUAUUCAAAUAGCCUUCUGCCAGUGGACAUUCGACAGUACUUAGCCAUCUGGAUUGAAGACCAGAACUGGCAGGAAGCAGCACUGGGCAAUGAUAACUCCAAGGCCAACAUGCUCUUCUUCCAUUUCUUGGACCAACUCAACUAUGAAUGUGGCCACUGCAGCCAGGACCCUGAAUGCCUGUUGCUACAGCACAACUUACGAAAGUUCUAUCGGGACAUCCAGGCCUUUCCACAGGGCCCUACACAACUGGCUGAGAUGAUCUUUAAUCUCCUUCUGGAAGAAAAAAGAAUUCUGAUCCAGGCUCAGAGGGCUCAGUCGGAGCAAGGAGAGCCAGCCCUCAAAGCACCUGUGGAGAGCCAGCAGCAUGAGAUUGAAUCCCGGAUCCUAGAAUUAAGGGCUAUGAUGGAGAAGCUGGUGAAAUCCAUCUGCCAACUGAAAGACCAGCAAGACAUCUUCUCCUUCCGGUAUAAGACCCAGACCCCAGUGAGGACACCCUCUUUGGACCCCCGUCAGACCAAACAGCAGCAGCUUCUGCAGGAGACUCUCAAUGAACUGGACAAAAGGAGAAAGGAGGUCCUGGAUGCCACCAAAGCACUGCUUGGCCGACUAACCACCCUGAUUGAGCUCCUGCUGCCCAGGUUAGAGGAGUGGAAAGUCCAGCAGAAGAAAGCCUGCAUUGGAGCCCCCCUGGACGUUGGGUUGGAACAGCUGGAGAAGUGGUUCACAGCUGGAGCAAAGCUGUUGUUUCACCUGCGGCAGUUGCUGAAGGAGCUAAAGGGACUGAGUUGCCUGGUUAGCUAUCAGAACGACCCUCUGACCAAGGGGGUGGACCUGCGAAAGGCCCAGGUCACAGAGCUGCUGCAGCGGCUGCUCCACAGUGCCUUUGUGGUAGAAACCCAGCCCUCCAUGCCCCAAACUCCCCAUCGACCCCUUAUCCUCAAGACGGGGAGCAAAUUCACUGUCCAAACAAGGCUGCUGGUGAGACUCCAGGAAGGCAAUGAGUCACUGACUGCAGAAGUCUGCAUUGACAGGAAUCCUCCUCCAUUACAAGGCUUCCGGAAGUUCAACAUUCUGACCUCAAACCAGAAAACUUUAACCCCCGAGAAGGGGCAGAGUCAGGGCUUAAUUUGGGACUUCGGCUACCUGACUCUGGUGGAGCAACGUUCAGGUGGUUCAGGAAAGGGCAGCAAUAAGGGGCUGCUGGGGGUGACAGAGGAACUGCACAUUAUCAGCUUCACAGUCAAAUACACCUACCAGGGUCUGAAGCAGGAGCUGAAAGUGGACACCCUCCCUGUGGUAAUUAUUUCUAAUAUGAACCAACUCUCAGUUGCCUGGGCCUCAGUUCUGUGGUUCAAUCUGCUCAGCUCCAACCCCCAGAACCAGCAGUUCUUCUCCAGCCCCCCCAGGGCCCCCUGGAGCUUGCUGGGCCCUGCUCUCAGUUGGCAGUUCUCCUCCCACAUUGGCCGAGGCCUUGACACAGACCAGCUGAGCAUGCUGAGAGACAAGCUAUUUGGGCAGAACUCUGGGACUGAGGAUGCACUGCUGUCCUGGUCCAACUUCACUAAGCAAGAGAGUCCCCCUGGCAGGCUGCCAUUCUGGACAUGGCUGGACAAGAUUCUGGACCUGGUGCAUGACCACCUGAAGGAUCUUUGGAAUGAUGGACACAUCAUGGGCUUUGUUAGCCGGAGCCAGGAGCGUCGGCUGCUGAAGAAGACCAUCUCUGGCACCUUCCUGCUGCGCUUCAGUGAAACAUUGGAAGGGGGCAUUACCUGUUCCUGGGUGGAACACCAGGAUGAUGAUAAAGUGCUCAUCUACUCUGUGCAGCCCUUCACCAAGGAGGUGUUGCAGUCACUCCCGCUGACCAAAAUCAUUUGCCACUACCAGCUGCUCACUGAGGAGAACAUACCUGAGAACCCACUGGUCUUCCUCUACCCCCGAACACCCCGGGACGAGGCUUUUGGGCACUACUGCCAAGAGAAAGUGAAUCUCCAGGAACGAAGGAAAUACCUAAAGCAUAAGCUCAUUGUGGUCUCUAACAGACAGGUGGACGAGCUGCAACAGCCCCUGGAGCUUAAGCUGGAGCCAGAAGUGGGGUUAUCAGAGCCGGAGCCGGGGCUGGAGUUGGAGCCACUGCUAGAGGCAGGGCUGGAUCUGGGGCCAGCGCUGGAGCCCCUGCCGGACCCCACACUAAGUGUGGCAUCACAGAGAGUAGCCAAGCCAGAUCUGGGAUCAGAAUUGAAGCUGGAGCCUGUUUUAGGGCCUAUAGCACAGCCAGAGCCAGAGCCAGAUUUGCCCCAUGAUCUGAGACAUUUGAACACUGAAGAAAUGAAAAUCUUCAGAAACAGUAUGAAGAUUGAAGAAAUCAUGACAAAUGGUGACCCACUGUUGGCUGGCCAGAACACUACGGAGGAGGCUUACGUCUUCCACCCCAGCCAUUUCUACACGGAUGGGCCCUUGAUUCCUUCUGACUACUAAGAACUACAUACCCUUUGUUCUUUCCAUAAUCUUGUGGCCCUCUUUCCCCCCACCUAAGGAUGUUGCUUGCCAAGGAUGGGAAAUUGUGCACGGGCCCUUUCUAAACCAGGUUAAUUCUGAUUUGGGGUGGGAGGUGAAAGCAUGUUGUGGGUACCAGUGAAUCAGCACAGCUAUUGGCCAUGACUCUAACUGGGAUGCUGGGGGCUGCUUCUCUGUUGGAGAUGCAGACUUCUGGGGCAGGCCAGGGCAGUUAGGGGGUACUUGGAGGUCUCAGGGCCAUGGCUUCUUCCUGGUAUGGAAGGAUUUCAACAUUUUAAUAGCUGGUAUGGCUAACCUCAUGCCCACUGGCAUUGGCUCUCAGCGGGGAAUGGGGACAUGUGAUAGGACUCCAUUUCACUCUCUGGUGUGUAGGACACCCUUUUCCUUUCUUCUUCCCCUCACUCCUCAACCCCUAAAUUUCUUCUUUCCCUGCAGGGACUGAGAGCUUUCUGCCUCAGCCCCAUGUGAGACUCCCUUCUGAGGAAGGGAAUAGGAGGUAGACCCAUCUCCUCCAGACUUUUCUUGCCAGUCUCCUCCCUUGACCCCCAAGCUGGCCACACCCAUUUCAACCCUACAGUGAUCCUACCAAUCUAAUUUGCCUGUAAAGCCUUGCACAAUAAUUUAUUCUGCCUUGUCUCCAUUUCUCCAGUGCUUAGGAGACACAUCACUCCUGCAGGCCACGGAUGUUUGGGUUGCUGGGAAUUUAGGAAUUGUUCUGUAGAGUAUAGACAAGAUUUGAUAUUUUUACAGAGGAGAAGCCCUGGGUCUUAGAUAUUUCUCUAUGAGGAUAUCAUUUCUUUUCUUUUGUACAGUGUAUCAUAUACCUAAAAACAGUACUUCUAUUCCUUGGGCAUGGACCUGGGUAAAGACUACAGACUACGUUCCUGGAACUUAGAACCUUGAAGGUUUACCAUGGGACUGCAGACAACCUCCUACCUUAGCUGUUCCCAGGGAACCCCAGGACAACUGCUGUUGCUGUAACUUGUGCUCCUAGUAUAAUUUGAAAUGCAAACGAAAGUGCUGCCCUGUACAUGUGGCUGUUUCUUGCCUGGAACAGCCCCAUUCAGAAAGGUCCUUCUGAGUACAAGUGGCUAAUAAACUUUGUGCUGACCUGGAAA